CGCGCGAGCCGGCGAAUGGUGCGCGGUGGAGUUGCAGUUGCGCGAGUUGAAAUCCCGGCGCCUUUCUCUCGACCGGUGAAAAAGCGGUGGCUGCACGCUCGGCGCUCCAGUCUGCCGUCGAGUGCAGAACACAGCGGACAGCACAGACACAAAUCCCCCAGCACCAUGGAGAAGGCGGACUCGAUGGCCACGGUCAACAUCAAGGAGUAUCCUGACAAUGUCUCCUACACCACAGAAGCACCCCCAGCGUACAAACAGCCGCGUGCGACUACAGUGCAGGUUGCGAAAAUCGUUGCGGUCACAGUGAUUGUGGCCUCGGCGAUCAUCGGAGGCUGCAUCCUCGCCUCGGCCUGGAUCCAGAGUCGUGCCACCUGCGAACUUCUUUUCAUGGAACAGCAACUGCAGCAGGCUCAGCAACAAUUGGACGGAGACAGGCCUUCCUUCCAGGCCCUGGUGCAGGACAAUGCCGCUGAAGAGUCCAAGGAGUCAUCGACCACGACUGAGCGCGCCGCCGAGGAGCCGGAGCAAAACAUGGUCAAGCUGAACAAACUGCCGCUGCAGCUGGACUUUGACGAGCUGGCUGGCGCGUUGAUGGACAACAAUCAGAGGGCGCACAUGAACUGCGUGGUCGAGAAACGCCGCUCCGAGGAGCUCGUGGACCACGCGCCCCGCGCCGUCAGCCUGCCCUUUGGACUGAACCUGACCACCCCGCCCAGGCUGGAGCACCUCACUGGCGAGAAGAUGGUCAUUUCCUGCGAAAGCGGACGCGCCCAGGAAAGGCACAUGCCGGCGCCACCCCAGCACCCUCAGGCGGCCAGCGUGCCCCUGAUGAUCCCUCUGCCCGGCAACCCGAUCCACAUGCCCAUGCCCUUCGCCCACCACAUGCCCAACCAGCAACACAACGAGCUUGGCGACUCGCACCCCAUGGAGCACAUUGAGAUGAUCGUGGCCCACCCCGUGAUGGAUCACCAACAGCAGAUGCACCCCGCCCAGUCGAGGGAGAUGCGCAUGGCCGUGUUCCAGGACGAACCCAUCCCUCAGGAGUCGAUGAGACCUCACUAUGUGCAGCCGAGGUCUGUUCCUAGCCAACCCGACUUCCUGAACCAGAAGAGAGCGAAGCGCUGUGCUUGUGACUGCAACUGCUAAAUGCGAGCAGUUUCCAGUUUUUUCGAGGGUUAGGGCGGUUUUUAUUUUUUAUCUUUCAAAAUUUAAUUACUGCGUACUUGAUUGAACCUUCCGAAAGAAUUUGUCUGACCAAAUAAAAAAUAUGAUCUUAAUUUAAAAAGUACACAUUUUGUGAGGCUGUAUUUUGAAAUAGCUUUCAAGCGUAUAUAUUUGUAAAGAAAUCCAAUCUGCGUCGAGAUGUAUGAUGUAUUUACGAGAAAUAAUAAAGUUUCCAAAAAAUAGGUUA